AUGGGCCAAGCGCUGCUGCUACUGCUGUUGGUUCACGCCUACUUUCCAGCCUCAUGGGGCCUGCGGUGCUUACAGUGUAAGAACAUGAGGAGCUGCAGUGUUGAAGAGUGUGCUCCUGGUCAGGACCUCUGCAGGACCACCGUCCUGCGUGUGUGGGAAGGCAGCAACGAGAUGAAUGUGGUGGAAAAAGGCUGUACCCAUCCAGAGAAGACCAACAGGUCCAUGAGCUAUCGGACUGGCAAUCAGAUCAUCACCCUUUCAGAGGCCGUGUGCAGGUCAGACUUGUGCAACAAGCCCAACCCUGGCCCAGAUGCUACUGUUCCCAGAAACCGCUACCUGGAAUGUGCUUCCUGUGCCUCGACGGACCUCAGCUGUGAGAGGGGCUGGGACCAGAGCCUGCAGUGCCGCAACUCUGGAGAUAAGUGCGUGGAUGUGAUAACCCACCAGAGCCUGAAAGAGAGUCCAGGGGAUGAGCGCCACGUGAGAGGCUGUGGCAUCCUUCCUGGCUGCCCAGGUCCCACCGGAUUCCACAAUAACCACACUUUCCACUUCCUGCAGUGCUGCAACACCACCAAAUGCAAUGUGGGCCCAGUCCUGGAGCUUCAAAACCUGCCACCAAACGGCUUGCAGUGUUACAGCUGUGAGGGGAACAGCACCCACGAGUGUUCCUCUGAAGAAACUUUCCUCAUUGACUGCCGCGGCCCUAUGAAUCAAUGUCUGGAAGCGACAGGCACUAAAGGACUGAGGAGCCCAAGCUACACCAUCAGAGGCUGCGCAGCCCCCUCGUGGUGCCAAAGCCUCCACGUGGCUGAAGCCUUCGACCUCACCCACGUCAACGUCUCCUGCUGUACUGGAAAUGGCUGUAACCAUCCAGCCAGGGACGCCCAUCCCCGCAAGGGGGGUGCCUCCCAGACCAGCCCUGCCCACCUCAGCUUCUUUGUCAGCCUGCUCUUGACUGCCAGACUUUGGGGAGCCACUCUCCUCUGCACUUGA